UCGGACCACGGUAGAGAAUGGUUGUGGGGUUGUGUUGCUCCGUCUCCGUGAGUGGCCGCUGUCUGAACUGCUACUGAACUGCUGCUUGUGUUAGCGACACUUCGCCAAUGUGAUUAUGGUUUAUGAAGUGACACACUACCAAAAAAAGGAAAAAGAAUUUGUAGUGAUAUGUUUAUUUGCUUUAAUAAUAGACAAGGAGACUUCAGAAGUAAUGAACUUAGCUGAUAUAAUUGGAUGAUUGCCGUAGUUAAUUCUGAAUCCGAAAUAACUGAGGUCGAGUGCAGUCGACUGGGGGAGUGGGCUCCAGUCCACGCUAGUUGGGUCAGCGAGGCUAGCAGCUCCUUCGCCCUCUCUUCAGCAAGUGCUCAUGAAACCCUACUGAUCAGGUCAUCAGGAACGAAGCAUUGCAGCAUUUUAACCUUAUAGGUAUAACUUAGUAGUAGUGAUAUUUGUGGAGGGAAACGUGCAACGCAAUUCAUGAGGUUCCUGGACACAAGAGUCUAACUUACUAAGGAAAAUAAUAAGUAGAGAAAGAAGUGAUGUUGAAGUAUUGUGAAAAGUUUGUAAUUCUAGCUAUCGCCAGUAACAGAUGUUUUCUUUGUCAAAAGUGAAACCUACUACUAGUAUCAUUUGUGUUCCUGACAUACACGGAGCGUCACUGUUGCCAGCACAACAUUUAGUGUGAGUGAUGGGUCACUUCGGCAUCACGGAGACCGAUCGCUUGAUGGGCGGGGACUCACGUGGGUCCGCCCCGGAAAAGGGAGAGGUGAUUAUGGGUCGAUGCUUUCCCCUGGAUGGUCCUGGGGCCACCUUUAAGACUUCGACUGCCCCAGUUGUGAGAGGUGUUGUCUAUAAGGACAAUACAGGCCUUAAGGCUUCCUCAAGCACAACAUUUGGCGUCAUUAAGAAAGAAAUCAAAAGUUCUAUGGCAUCUGCAAACCAAAGUCUUGAAAGUAAUGGUGGCGUUCAGGGCUCCAAGCUGGUAAUAAAUGAUUGUACAGCGAAGGACUUCAGCUCCUCUAACUCAUCCAGAGGCAUAGCUCAUGAGACUGACAUGAAGAGCAUCACAAACCAAACUGUGCCGGUUCGUACCGCUGACGGCAAUGCCACGAAGGCCAGACUUUCCAGGGCGUCCACGAGAACAGUUCCCGACGCCUGCACAGAAGUUUCUCCUGUCCCAAGAGAGCGCUCGAGGCUGAGGUUCAAGGAAGACUCAACUCCCAAGCGCGAAAUUUCUGCUGAGCGAGUUCUGGUGCCGCCUGCUGUGAAGCAAAAGGUAAUGAUGCAAAAUGCUGGAGAAAAGUCAAGCAUUCGAAUGUUGGCGGCGCCCAGGUCCCACUCCUACGAUGAAACCAAUGCCAACGAGAACAGAAGGCAAGUCGGACCGGCUCCUUACCCCACACAUAAGCCCUUGCCUUGCCAAAGGUCUUCUAUCUAUCCGCCAAGUGUAAGUCUAACGGACAGGGCGUCUGACAAACCCGACGGUCCGUCUGCACCUGAGCCUAGGUACAUUCAACAAGAAAUUAUGCAGAUACAGCAAAGACCCAAAGAGGAAGGGAAAGAUAGUAUCCAGUAUAUAACGAAAAAUAGGCAGGAACACUCUAACGUCCAGUACAGCUCUAAAAAAGAGCAACCAGUCCUGAAGACAAUUCUUAAAGAUCCUAGGAAGAGCCAGUCAGAGGAGGAGAAAGGGACUCGACAGCUGACUGGAAAGGAGGCGUGGGAAGCAACGCAGAGGAAAAAGGCGCUGUUGCGGGAGGAAUUCUUCCGAGUUCCUUACGAGGAGUGCAACAAAGAAGCUUUACGGGGUUUGGGAGGACGACUCAAUAAGUCAGAGCCGAGGAUGCACCUCGUGGGAAGAGAGAGGAAAAAGAGGAAUUCCUUUUCGUGCAAGAGGAGGGUUCAUUUCGAGCUCGAUUAUCUUAAUGACGAGAAGAAAAGCACAGACGACGAGUCGAAGCCUGCUUUUCCUUUCACGAUGCAGGUUGACCAGCCUCAGAAUACGAAAUCGAGGUCGGGACGCCCUACGGAUCUUGAUGAGCUGAUGAAGACUAUGAACAAAGGUAAAGGAACAGGAACAACAGGACAAAAUCUCUCCCCAUGCAGUGUACCAGAUCAAGCCCAAAAUACUCGCGAAAACAAAAUGCGAGUUUCCAAGUUAUUAGCAGAAUCAAAGCUUGACAACAACCACAACUUUAUGAAAUAUGAUGGAUGCCAGCACCCCAUGGAGAAGACUUCUGAAGUUAAACCAGGUUUAACAAACACUUCUUCCGAUAUACUUGUGCCGACUUCAUAUCAGAUUUUGAAGUCGUGUACUGCCUUACCUUCUCCUAUGUCUGCCGCUUCUACACGCCAGUCCACGGCCUGCGCUCCCGACGGUAGUCAUUCUGCUGUAGGCCUCUCGACACAAGGGCAGUCCAUCAAAAGCAGCCAUGCAGCCAGUCACUCAGUCAAACCUAGUCAAUCUACUUCCAGUCCCCCAUCAGUUAGCCUCUCCAACACUUUCGCUUCAGCACCCAGUCAGUCAAGUAACUCUUCUCACUCCUGUAAGCCUCAGCCCUCAAUUUUGGCUCCUGCACCCUCACCGAGGAAUAGCUUGCUUUCUUUUCAACCCACGCCCGAAAGACAAGCACUCGUAACCCCUACUGAGCAACUCACUUUCUCGACUUUAGGUCAGUCAUCCAACACUUGUCUCUCGACAGCCUUUUCACGAGCAUCAUCAGGACGAAGUCAUUAUCAUCAAUCCGAGGACCAGGAAACACAACGGAUGUUUAGCAAUCAUCAAAAACCAUUCGCGGGGAACGCCGGUCAGCACAGUACCUUAUCCUCCCCAAAACCAGCACCUCGGGAAACCACAAAUCAGCAGACGGCAACAUCCUUGUAUCACAGUCAGCCAGAAAGAGUCAACGAUCACAAACGGGCGAGAUCUCAGACUCGUGCUCCAGAUGUUGAGUUGAAGUCAUACCAUCAGAUACCCAGUACCCAAUCUGCCACAGCAAACAGAACAAAUAAAGUCCCCUUCAGGAGUCGAAGUUCAUCAUUCGAUAAGAGUUAUAUGGCAAAAAAAUCGCAGAACAUUUUAAACGAACCGUACACAAGGGAAAGACAUAAUAGAAUUGUUUACCCUGAAAAGUUAAACAAAGAAAAUGUAGAAGCCCCACACAUGAACUCAAAGAAAACUAGUCUUGACGAUAGGGGAGACUCAGUCAAUAUUUUGAUGACCAAAGGCGAAAGUUAUUCUAAGCACAACAUAGUCUUAAAUAGUCACGUGACGUCAUCGACUCCAAAAGUAACAGUGAAGAGGAUAUACGUACCGGUUUCCUCCACCCCAGCAAGAUCCCCGCCGUCUCCAACGCCCUCCUGUGCCUCUUCGAGUUGUUCCUUUGGUUCGUCAGGGAGUUCGUCAGGUUGCUUCUCCGGCUCGCCUUCGCCCACCCCGACGCCCUCGCCCACGAGGGCCAGGGCGUCGUGUGCGCCGACUGACCUGUGAAGGUGAGUUUAAGAGAA